GUCAUAUGGAGAAAGACGAGAGUGGAGACGUCGACGCCAGCGCAGGGCGUUUUGUCAGGUAUCAGUUCACCCCGGCCUUCCUAAAACUGCGCACCGUUGGUGCAACCGUGGAGUUCACCGUGGGCGACCAGCCCAUCAACAGCUUCCGGAUGAUAGAGAGGCAUUACUUCCAGGGACGCCUUCUUAAAAACUUUGACUUUGACUUUGGCUUUUGCAUACCCAACAGCCGCAACACAUGUGAACACAUUUAUGAGUUUCCACAGCUUCCAGAUGACCUCAUUUGCCAAAUGGUGGAGCACCCCUAUGAGACCAAAUCAGACAGUUUCUACUUUGUGGACAACAAACUCAUCAUGCACAACAAGGCGGACUACGCCUACAAUGGUGGGCUGUAAUAUCUGAAGGAAAAAAUGGGUCCGUGACCUUACAGUGGUUAGAUUUCCUGGAUGACACUUGUUUUAAUUUUUUUAAAUGUUUUUAGUUUUGGGGGAUGCAUAGAAAUAUUUUCUUUUUUGUGGACUUUUUUUUACGCUAAACAAAAAUAAAUAAAUAAAUAACAAACCACCUCUGCUGAAACAGAAUAUCAUAAAUUCAUUUAACUCUGAGACUCAGAAGGAUUUUUAUUAAUUUUUUUUUGUUAUGUUUGAUUCUUUCUGUUUAAAGUGUUUUAGUUUGUGAAACUACCACGUUACUGCUUUAACACUUUUGCCUUGGCUAGCUGGUCGUCUCUGCUGGAAGGGGACACUUUGAGACACAGAACACACACRAGAAGUCCUGUAAACCAGGUUAGUUAGAAUCUAAUUGACGUAAACACAGAUACUUUCAGUGUGUGUUUAUUUGAACUACCUUUUGCAAGUGACAAUUGGGUUUCCUGUUUGGAAAGGCGAGCUUAUCUAGAUAUUUUUCGGUAUCUUUACUAACAGAGGAAUAUGUAGCAUUUUAGACAUUAGGUGACACUUUUCGUCACAUAAGAUCUCUGUUUUUUAUGGUGUAUCAUUAAGUUGACUGAACUCUUUGAUAGGAUAUAUUUUAAUUUCUAUUUUCAUCAGUUUAGAUGCUGUGUUCAUCCUAAAUCAUGUUGYGUAGUUUGCUUUUUUAUUUGUUCAUGCUAUCAAAAUCUGUGAUGAAAAAGUCAACAGUCCCUUGCACAUUUUUAUCUUUGUGUAAUCUGUGUCUACAGCCAUUUAAUGUCUUGUUUAUUCACCCCAAUGYGGUUACGCUGUUAGGAAUCUGUUUGUCUUCCCAUUUUAUUUGGCAACGCCACACUGUGAAUUUCUAAUUUGCUCUGCGUUCUCCUGAUGUUCACCUCGGUUCUCAGUUUACCAGUUAAAUAGCACAUUAGCACCACACAGCUAAACCACACAGAGAUGUAGCUCAAUAGAUGAUCUGUUUUUAACGAGGCUCUACAGACUGAUCCAGAUUUUAACUCUUUUACUCCAAACAUUCAUCAGUGCAGUCUUUUGCCACUUUGCACAACCGYCCCGUAAAAUGCCCUAAAUUCAUUUAGCUCCUACUUUUAUAGAAAUGCCGUUAAAUUGAUUAGAUGGCCGUUUACUGUGGUGCUGUUGAUGUGGUGCGUCUAUAGAAAGGUGCCCCUGAAAAGCUAAAAAUCAUUAAAAACAACAAUAAUGGAAAAAAAGAAAAAGAAAAAUCACAGCUGUAAAGCAGGAAAGUGCCUUGAAUGUUGGAGUUAAGGUCUUAUUUCAUUGUUUUAUAUUUKGAAACUUAGACUCAAGAGAAAAGAUGGCAGCAAGCCACAGUGAAGAUCAACUCUUCAUUUUACCGCCUCUGUUAUUAUCGCCUUSUAUCGGUGCCUUGUAUUCAAUAGGAAGUUCUCCAACAUAUCAUAUUGUCAUUUACAUGUAGAAUAUAGUGAUUCCUCACUUUUAUAMAGGAUACUAACACUUCAUUGAGCUUGUCUCAGAAGAGGGGAUGUCAGUCAUAAUAGUCUUUUUUGCUUCACUACUUUUAUGGUUCUCAUUUUGAUAGUUGAAUUUGRUGGAUGUGUGAGGUGGCUGCUUAGCAGCACUUCUGGUGGAUCUGAGGAGGACUUGCUUUUGUCAUUCAAUACAUGAGUUGUAGUUUAUUAAAAUCUUGUAAGAAGUGCGCAUGAUUUUAAAUCGGCACUUAUUCAGAGUCCAUGAGAUAGUCCUGAAGAUUUCUGUGUGCAUAAAGGAGACAGGUGACUCUGUGGCUGUGCCAGCUGUGAGGGAGGAGCAUCUCCCUGGACAGCUGUGGCUGUGCUGACCAGAAGGAAGAGCUUCUCAACAUGAUACAUUUGCASGUGAUGAGUGCUACAGAGGGAGGACAAUGGAAGGGCUUUUACCAGGUCUGCUUUGAAGCCUGGAUUGUCCAUGUGAGAAAAUGACACCAUCACGUCAGCGAGAUCUGUUGUCUUGUAUUAGCUGGAGUAUAAACAGCUCUUAGUAAUGGACUGUUUUUUUUUUUGUUUGUUUGUUUGUUUUUUCUUGAAAUGCUGCAUGUUAUUCCCUUUUUAUUAUCAUCUGACUGAAGUGACACAAUAAUGUGUUAUGAGAAUUGUAAAUAAAAUUGUCUGACAGCAAAACCUUA